AGGCGAAUCCUAGUCUCAUUGUUGACUAUUUAAUGCCCAGUCACUUGAUACACAGGGCAGCCUACCUCAGUCUAAGAAAGAGGAGAGUAUUAAGUCAAUAGAGAAAUAGCAGAUUCUCUAAUAAUCUUAGCAAUGUGAGUGUGUCAAAGAGAAUUGGAAGGAAGGUCAAAGUAGUACAGAAGACAAAGAAAGAGAAGAGAAAAAAGUUUCUGAAAAGAUUAAAGCCAAGAAGACAAAGGAGAAAGUAGAUGAAAGAAUGCAAAGUGAAGAUAGCAUGUCCAAAGAGCAAGGGGAUGUAGCAGGUGUUCCUCAGCAGUCACAGAAAGCCCCAAGAAUAGGAAAACCAAGCAAGAAGGAAAGCGAAGAGGUUGAACACACUAAGGAAGGAAAGCAGGAAAGUGAAAGCAAGAGCAAACAUAGAAAAACCAGCAAGAGGUUGAGGGAUAGUACUGAAGAACCUCAAGAUUUACAUCUAGUGGAAGAAGAGAGUGAAUUACCUGGAAGCUCUGAAGUGAAGUCAUCCACACCCAAAAAAUCCAGUAGAACAGGGAAAAUGGAGAAAUAUGAGGAAGAAGAAAUGGAACAAGAAUCUAAAAUAAAUGAAGAAAGUAGCAGCAAAAGCACAGGAAAGCAAGCAAAAAAACAAAGGAGAGGAGAGAAAGCGUUGAUGACCAAAAACUGGCAACUGACACAGAUGCCUCUGCUUCACAAGAAGAAACACAAGCCAUGAAAAAGUCAUCCAGAACUGGAAGAUCAACAAAGAAAGACAAAGAUGAAAAUGACCAAGAUGUUCCAGUAAAAGAGACCAAACAGCGGAAAAGAAGCACGAGAAGUUCUUCAGAUGAUCAACCAAGUGAAAAGGGGUCCUCCACUCCAAGGAGAAAAAGCAGAAGUGUUAGAGCUACAAUUCCUGAAGAAAAAGAGGAAGACCUAGAAAACGUCCUGUCACCCUUGGAAACAAAUGAGAAUGCCGAAGAAUCGGAAAAGGCAAACAGCUCAGAUGUAGAGGAUGAGCAAGAAACAGACAGUGAUACCGUCCCACAACAAAGAACAAGGGCUGUGAGACGGCUCGUUUCUGAAGACCAGACUUAUGAGGCAGCUAGCCCACGAAAAAGGUCAAGAAAGAGCAAGCCUUCUGUUAGUGAGGAGGAGGAACCCCCACCGCGAAGAUCGACUCGAACCAGAGCGAGUACAGAAUAAGUCCACCUUGAUUAGAUUGUGAAAAAACAGUAAGAUAAGGAGAAUUUCCCACUUACAUUUACAGUGUGCAAGUAAGAUCAUGUAGUAUAUUUACCCUUGAUAAAAAAGAAAAAAUAGUACAAUAGUUGAAUUUUUUAAAACGGUAAUUCACAGAUGACGUGCAAGUAUAUACAUAUAUAUACCCAUUCUUUAGAAAAUGUCUUCAGAGCAAAUAUGUAAGAUACUCUUGGAUUCUGAGUACAGGGAAUAUUAACAACGUUCUUACUCUAAAUUAGUAUUUGAAACAGAUAAUCAUAGUCUGUUCUCAUUUAAGUUUACUCUCUCAUUUUUACAUGUCAGAUUAUAAAUUUAUGCAGUGAAUCCCUUUGCUUUUUUUUUAAGUUUUAGACAUAUUAUGUUAAGGCACAUGCAUUUGUUACAAGAACCAAACCAGUAUUCUGGUUAUUUCGAAAUUACAUUUACCUUGGGAAAAUAAAAGUGUUGAUUUUUUUUCUGAUUGACUUGUCAGUUUUUUUAUGACAAAUAAAGAUCAAUUAUCCUCUAGUUUGUUAAUGUAAAAUUAAGAAUGUGGUGUAUAUAAUAAAAUCAGUUGAUAAAA